AUGGAUUCAAAUAAUUGGGAACUGGCUGAUGAAGUUGACAGUUCAAAGAGCAUGUACUCAAUUAAUCAUUUGGAGAAUGAUGCCCUUUAUUUUGUUCGAGUUUCCGCUGUCAAUACAAUCGGCAGAAAUAAAAUUCCUGCUGAAAUGUUUGAACCAGUUUGCCCAAGAAAACCUGUUGAAAUUCCAAAUUGUCCACGAAAUUUAAGAGUUAAAAAAUCAACUCAAUGGGAGGUGGAUUUGGAGUGGGAUCAUUCUAUUGAAUCUGAUGUGGCUCAAUAUUUCAUUGAUUUCAAAGAAGAAAACAAUGUUGAUUAUCUUCCAGCUGGUCGAGUAGAUAGUAAAACAAACGUUUUUACAUGUGAUUUCCUUCAGAAAGGCAGACCAUAUCUCUUCAGAAUCAAAGCUAAAAAUGCAGCAGGAUUUAGCAAAGAAUCAGCUAUUCUUCAGCAGCCUGUUUAUUUAGAAGGCAUCAGAGAUGUUCCAUCUGACCCGUUGAACUUGAGGCUGUUGAAAGUCGAUGAUGGAAUGAUGAGUAUUUCAUGGAUGCCACCCAAAUACGAUGGAGGCUGUCCUAUCAAACAAUAUUUAAUUGAUUUAUGUGAAUAUGGUUCUAGAGUAUGGUUCCAUGCAGAUGCAACUGAUGGAAAUAUUUAUAGAGCUAUUUUAAAAAGGCUUAAGACUGGGUCAUCUUAUUUUGUAAGAGUUUAUGCAAAAAACGAAAUUGGAAUUAGCAAAAAAGCAGCUGAAUUUUAUGAACCUAUUUGUUGUAUCAAAGCCAAACAACUUCCUGAUAAACCUGUGGACAUAAAAUUAGAAAACGUUACGAGCAACUCUGCGUUAAUAUCUUGGAGUUCACCUCGCCUAGCAAGUGGUUCAGGUAAUGAAAAUGAAACACUUCAAUAUUUCAUAUAUGUAAAAGAGGAAAACAGUGAUGAUUAUUUGCCUGUUGGUCAUGUUGAUGGUCAAACAACAAAAUUUUUGUUAGAAUAUUUAAAAAAUGAUAGCCUCUAUUGGGCGAGAGUGAGAGCUAAAAAUUCUGCUGGCUUCAGUGAAUUUUGUGAAUUACCAUGUGCGAUUCAGCUGCAACUUGUAAAAGAGGUCCCUUCAUCUCCAUUAAAUUUAUCAUUGCAAUCAACUGAUGACAGUUCGAUUUGCAUAACGUGGCGUCCUCCAAAGAUCGAUGGAGGAAGUCAGAUAACCCAUUACAUUAUCGAAAUUUGUCCUAGCGGAAGUAACAUUUGGAAAAAAGUUGAACAAGUUGAUGCCCAAGUGCUUCCUUUAGAAUGUAAAAUUAGUGAUUUAAUUACUGGAAGUUAUUAUUUCGUUAGAGUGUCUGCCUAUAAUGAGAUUGGUCGGUGUAAAAGGCCAGCAGAACUCUAUGAAGCUGUUUAUGUUAAAACACCAUUAAAACUUCCAGAAGCCCCAUCCAACUUUCAGGUAUCAGAGAUAUAUACAGACUCUAUCUUGUUAACAUGGGAUAGAUCAAACAAUAAUGAUGUUGAAGAAUAUUUUAUUGAUAUGAAAAAAGAAAAUGAUGUCUAUCGACCAAUUGGAAGAGUGAAUGGCACUGAAAAUACCUUUAUGUGCGAGUUUCUUGAAAAAAAUAUGUCAUAUUUAUUUAGAAUAAGAUCUCGUAAUCAAGCCGGUUAUAGUUGUUUAGGAACCGAACUAAAAAAAUGCGUUCACCUAGCCGACCCAUCAGGAAGUCCUACCUGGACAAUUUCAAAAAAAUGUGCGCCAUCCGAAUAUUUCGCCACAAUCGAUAACUUAGAUGUUGGUGAGUAUUAUUUCGUUAAAGUAUAUGCUUUAAACAAAGCCGGAAAAAGCAAUAGACCGAUUGAUUUACCUGAACCUGUUUGUGCUAAGCAGUCUAAAAACUGCCCAGGAACACCAAAAUAUUUUCGAGUAACUAAUAUAACCUCAAAAUCUGUGACUUUAAAAUGGGAAUCACCUGAUUUAGAUGGUAGCAAUGACGUUGUGCAAUACUUGAUAGAAACUAAAACAGAAGAUGAAAACGACUUCACUUCCUUUGCAAGAGUUGAUGGCAGAAUUUACACAUACACUUGUGAAUAUUUGCAAAAAAAAAAAUUAUAUAAAUUUAGAAUCAAAGGAAAAAAUUCAGCUGGUUCCAGUCCAAUUCCGGCUGAAAUUUAUGAACCAGUUUCUCUCAAAGAUAAUUAUGGUAGAAUAAUCAUUUCUCACGUAACCAAGUUAGCUCAGUCUUGCGCCGCUAUGACUAGCAUGUUUCGAAUACUCUCUGUCCGAAAUUCAAAGACCAUCAUACGGGUAUGA